AUAAAAAUGUUUCUGAACACCAUCAAGAAGGUAAAGCUGGAAGUGAGACCAUUGCUGCUGCCCCAACUCGUACGUUUAACGGCCAUGUUGAAACCGGGGCUCAAAUCCAUCAACUGGACCAGUCCCCGGUGGAUUGAAUUCUACGACAACUGUAAGGAGGCAAUUGAAAUGUUUGACGUGCUGGUGGCACGCGUUCAUGAUAUCUACUCGAAUCGUAUUCUGCACGUAUUGACGUCUAUGCAGGAUAUUCAGCUGCAAUCGCUACCGAAUGACGAUGAGAUGUGGACGGUGGAUGAAUUUUUGGAGUAUACGGAGGAAACCUGCCGCCAGGCAGCUAUUGAGCUAAACCGAAAAAGCCAGAUGGUCGAGGAGGCAGUCGAAGAAGUCUUGGAUUUAGUGCAUCGUGCUUCUCAAAUUUUCAAACGUAUGGUCGGUGCAGAAAAUGACUUUUUCGUUGACGAAGACAAGAAACCAUCGGAGAAGUCGUCUCCGACUCCGGAGGGAGAUAAUGAUGACGGAAGCGGUCAGCAGCAGGAUUGGAGCAUUCUUUGGUCCUGCUUCGAGAACCCAUUGCAACUACUGUCGCACCAUGGUGGUGGCCUUCCGAAGGGAAUGCAAGACAUGGUAUUCAAUGCUGUCUCGGAGAUGCGACGAUACUACAGUCGCAAGGUGAUCGAUGUCCUCAUACGUGUGACCCGAACUUCAUUGGACUGUCUGAGGAGACGGUUCAUGGAGGUGGAAGGCGAGGAUCUCCCGAGAAAACCCAUAUUCAUUCUCCAAUCCUUGCUGAUGAUACCGAAUGUGACCAUCAGACCGAACCUAGAAGAGCUGCAGGAUGCGUUGACGAUUGCCGGUAAACAGAUAACCGGUGUCUCCAAGGGUGUUGCACAGUGGAACACCGGCAAGGAUAUCGACGAUAAGCCAAGGCCUUCGGCUGCCGCUCUUGCUUCGGCCGCUACGGCAGCAAAGUUGGCGAAAGCCAACGCUGCCACUCUGGACGACAAGUCUCGGCGUCGCAAAAUGUACCGAUUACAGUCGGAGGAGAAACCCAGGAUGAUUCACAUGACCAAAAGCUUCUACAGCUACGUGAUGGACAAUAAGGAGGUGGUUAAAACGUUGUCGCUGCUAUCGAGCUGUAUUCGCAACAUAAAACCGGAGCUGCACCAAUUUGUUGACAAGUGGAAACCGUACCACUUCUUGUGGAAAAAUGACAAGACCAUCCGACAGCUGUUGGAGUGCACACUGUUCGAGUUUGAAGGUACGCUGCGCCGCUUGGUAGAUUUGGAAACAAACCUACUGGUCGAGAGAGAUAUGCAAUACUUCGGGCAGAGCAUUGCCCUAUCUACGGAGAAGUUGAAAUUUGGACUCUCAAUUGAAAUCAAGUCUUGUACUCACAAACUAGGACAGGCGAUGAAGAAGAAAUACAAACGCGAGAUGGACUACGUGUAUGCGGUGAUCAACGAAAUGGACCGCAAGCUGGAUCGUCAGAUCCGUGACCUGGACGACGUGCGUACGGUGAUGGAUACGCUGAGCAAAAUUCGCGAGCAGGAAGUCGACAUGGAGCUGAAGAUUGAACCGAUCGAGGAUGCAUUCAACAUGAUGCACAAGUACGAGAUCGCGGUCGAUCGAGAGCAAAUGGACCAGGUUGACAAUCUGCGCUACACUUGGGUUCGCUUGCAGUCCCGUGCCAAAGAGGUGCACUGCAAACUGCUUGAGAUGCAACCAGAUUUCCAAAACGACCUGCGCGCCAAUUUGGAGAGAUUCAAGCAGGACAAGAUCGAUUACGUUGCCGAGUACAGGGUGUCGGGCCCCAUGGAACCGGGGCUGACGCCGCGCGAAGCAUCCGACAAGUUGUUGCUCUUCCAAAAUCGAUUCGACGGCAUGUGGAGAAAGCUCCAGACUUAUCAGAGUGGCGAGGAAUUGUUUGGUUUGCCUCAAUCAGACUAUCCUGAACUUGGCCAGAUCAAGAAGGAGCUGAACUUGCUACAGAAGUUGUACAAGCUUUACAACGAUGUCAUUGAUCGGGUCAGCAGCUACUAUGAUAUUCCUUGGAGUGAUGUCGACAUCGAAGAGAUCAACAACGAACUGAUGGAGUUCCAGAAUCGUUGCCGCAAGCUUCCAAAGGGUCUCAAGGAGUGGCCCGCCUUUUACGCCCUCAAACGAACAAUUGAUGACUUCAAUGACAUGUGUCCAUUGCUUGAGCUAAUGGCAAAUCGAGCGAUGAAACCACGUCAUUGGCAGAGAAUCAUGGAGGUGACAAAGUAUACCUUCGAGUUUGACAGCGAAGGUUUUACGCUAAAGCACAUUCUGGAAGCGCCUUUGCUGAAGCAUAAGGAGGACAUCGAAGACAUCUGUAUUUCGGCAAUGAAAGAGAAAGAUAUCGAGGCGAAACUGAAGCAGGUCACAAACGAAUGGUCCGCUCAUGAACUCAGCUUCAUGACCUUUAACAAUAGAGGCGAACUGUUGCUGCGAGGUGACACAACUGCCGAAACCAUCGGACAACUGGAGGACAGCCUUAUGGUGCUGAGUUCUCUUCUAUCCAAUCGAUACAACGCACCAUUCCGUAAACAGAUCCAACAGUGGGUCUACGAUUUGUCCAAUUCGAAUGAUAUACUCGAAAGAUGGUUAUUGGUGCAGAAUAUGUGGGUCUACCUGGAAGCCGUAUUCGUCGGAGGUGAUAUUGCAAAGCAGCUUCCAAAGGAGGCAAAACGAUUCUCCAAGAUCGACAAGUCUUGGCAGAAAAUUAUGCAACGUGCUCACGAGACUCCCGGUGUGGUUGCGUGCUGUGUUGGUGAUGACUUGCUGAAGCAACUGCUUCCGCAUCUUCAGGAACAACUUGAGCUGUGUCAGAAAUCCCUGAGUGGCUACUUGGAGAAGAAACGUAUGAUGUUCCCGAGAUUUUUCUUUGUAUCCGAUCCCGCAUUGCUGGAGAUUCUUGGUCAAGCAUCCGACUCGCACACGAUACAAAAUCACCUACUGUCGAUCUUUGAUAACACUAGAUAUGUAAAGUUCCAUGACAUCGAGUACAACAAAAUGAUGGCGAUUAUUUCCUCAGAAGGCGAGAUGAUUCCGCUGGAUCGAGCUAUUCGAGCAGAAGGUUCAGUCGAAACGUGGCUAACGUCAUUGCUGCAGUCGAUGCAACAAUCGCUUCACUCCAUCAUUCGCCAAGCGUACCAUCUGAUGAACGAUCCCAACUUUACCUUACUGUCGUUCCUUGAGAAACUCCCGGCACAGGUAGGGCUGCUGGGUAUACAGAUGAUUUGGACUAGGGAUGCAGAGAUGGCCCUGAUGCAAGCCCGCCACGAGAAGAAAGUUAUGUCGGAAACCAACAACAAGUUCCUGGAGCUGUUGAACACGUUGAUUGAUCAAACUACUCGGGACUUGACGAAAAUUGAACGUACAAAGUUCGAAACACUAAUCACAAUCCACGUCCAUCAGCGGGACAUAUUUGAUAUCCUGUGUCGAAUGAACAUUCGGUCGGCGAAUGAUUUCGAAUGGUUGAAACAGUGCCGAUUCUACUUCAAGGAAGACGUCGAUAAAACCUGGAUCAACAUAACGGACGUGACGUUUAUCUACCAGAAUGAGUACUUGGGAUGCACCGACCGGCUUGUGAUUACCCCAUUAACCGAUAGGUGCUAUAUAACGUUGGCUCAGGCAUUGGCACUGAGUAUGGGGGGAAGCCCUUGUGGUCCCGCAGGUACAGGCAAGACCGAAACGGUGAAGGAUAUGGGCAAAACUCUGGCGAAGUAUGUGGUCGUGUUCAACUGUUCAGAUCAGAUGGACUACCGAGGGUUAGGACGAAUCUACAAAGGCCUAGCGCAAUCCGGCUCAUGGGGUUGCUUUGAUGAGUUCAACCGAAUUGAAUUACCCGUAUUGUCCGUUGCAGCUCAACAGGUAGCGGUCAUCCUGACUGCUAAGAAGGAGAAGAAGAAGCGAUUCAUAUUCACCGAUGGAGAUGAUAUCGAAAUGAAUUCGGAGUUUGGUGUAUUUAUUACUAUGAAUCCCGGGUAUGCUGGCCGUAAGGAGUUGCCUGAGAAUUUAAAAAUUCAGUUCAGAACCGUUGCCAUGAUGGUACCGGAUCGCCAGAUCAUCAUCCGUGUGAAGCUUGCCUCGUGCGGUUUCCUUGAGAAUAUUACUCUAGCGCGGAAAUUCUAUACCUUGUACAAACUGUGCGAGGAGCAGUUGACCAAACAGGUUCACUAUGAUUUUGGCUUGCGGAAUAUUCUGUCGGUUCUGAGAACGCUUGGAGCUGCCAAGCGAGUCAAUCAUAAGGACAGUGAAAGCACUAUAGUGAUGCGAGUGCUUCGGGACAUGAACCUAUCCAAGCUUAUUGACGAAGAUGAACCGUUAUUCAUGUCCCUAGUUUCGGAUCUGUUUCCCAACCAAACGCUGGAGAAGACCAGCUACGGAGAGCUGGAUUCAGCUAUUCAGAUUCGAGUUGAACAAGCUGGACUUCUUUACCAUCCACCGUGGAUACUAAAACUGAUUCAACUAUACGAAACGCAGCAAGUUCGUCAUGGUAUCAUGACUUUGGGACCGCCUGGGGCGGGGAAAACCUGCUGCAUAAGAAUCCUGAUGAAGUCUCUAACCGACAUUGGGCUUAUACACAAGGAAAUGCGUAUGAAUCCAAAAGCAAUUACAGCCUCGCAGAUGUUUGGCAGAUUGGACGUAGCUACUAACGAUUGGACCGAUGGUAUCUUCUCGGCUCUCUGGAGGAAGACGUUGAAAGUGAAGAAAGGUGAAAACACGUGGCUCGUACUCGAUGGACCGGUUGACAGUAUUUGGAUCGAAAAUUUGAACUCGGUGUUGGAUGAUAACAAAACACUUACGCUGGCCAACGGGGAUCGGCUGUCGAUGGCACCGACGUGUAAGAUCAUAUUUGAACCGCACAAUAUUGACAACGCAUCUCCGGCUACGGUAUCCCGGAAUGGUAUGGUCUACAUGAGUUCGUCAGGUUUGGACUGGAAGCCAAUCCUUCAAGCAUGGUUGAAAACCCGUAGUCCGCUGGAGAAGAAAGUAUUCACCGAGUUGUUUGAUGGAUCGUUCCUGAAGAUUUACACCUGGGUUUCCCAGAAUCUGGUGCUAAUGAUGGAUGUGCUGCAAUGCAAUUUUAUUCAACAGAUGAUUUACAUAUUAGACGGAUUGGUUCCCGUUUCUAACGAAAAUGAACAGGAAGUGGCACUGUCCACUACAGGAAGCCUUGAUGACGACAUGAACGACGAUGAGGCACCGAAACCGAAAGACGAAGCUUGUACUCCUGAACAUUUGAAUCGAUUGUAUAUCUUCUCACUGGCGUGGGGUAUCGGGGCAUACCUCAACUCAGCGGACCGCCUCAAGUUGGACGCACAUAUCAGGGAAAAGUAUCGCAAUCUGGAUUUUCCAACCGCCGAGGAGAAACCAGAUUCGUCGAUAUACGAUUAUUUCGUGUCGCCAACGGGCAGUUGGCAGUUGUGGAAAACUCUGGUGAUGCCCUACGUCUAUCCGGAGCACUCGACGCCGGAUUAUCUGAGCAUAUUGAUCCCGAUCGUUGACAAUGUGCGUAUUGACUAUCUGAUCAACGUUAUUGUCAAACAAGAGAAAGCUGUCUUGCUGAUCGGAGAGCAGGGCACAGCCAAAACGGUUAUGAUGAAGAGUUUUAUGAAGAAACUAAGCACGGAAACCCAUAUGGGACGAUCGUUCAACUUUUCGUCCGCCACUAGUCCGUACCAUUUUCAGAAAACCAUCGAAAGCUACGUGGAGAAGAGGCUGGGCAACAUGUUCGGCCCGGGGGGUGGUCGGAAACUUCUGGUAUUUAUUGACGAUAUCAACAUGCCCCAGAUCAACGAGUGGGGUGAUCAGAUUACGAACGAAAUCGUAAGACAAACCAUGGACAUGAGAGGUUUCUACAGUCUGGAGAAGCCGGGCGAGUUUACGAACAUUGUGGACGUCCAGUUUGCUGGGGCAAUGGGCCUACCUGGAGGUGGUCGAAAUGAUAUACCUGCUCGCUUAAAAAGACAGUUUAGCGUAUUCAAUUGUAACAUUCCGGAUAAUACGUCGAUAGAUACGAUCUUCAGAACACUCGGUGAGGGUCAUUACAACGUGAAGCGUGGAUUUUCACUGGAAGUACGAAAACUAGUUAAGAGGCUUGUCCCCCUUACUCGCAUCGUAUGGCAACGCACGAGAGAACACCUGCUGCCAACACCGGCCAAGUUCCAUUAUAUAUUUAGCUUGAGGGAUCUUUCACGGAUAUGGCAAGGCAUGAUCGGAACCUUGUCCACGGUCAUCACGUGUGAAUCGGUGCUAAUACUGCUGUGGAAGAACGAAUGUUCCCGGGUGUUUGCUGAUCGUUUUGUAUCGAUGUCAGACACGGAAUGGUUCGUUAACGAGAUGCUUCAAGUGCUGGAGACCGACAUUGGGCCAGAGUACAAAGAGAUGGCUGGACCAAGCCCAGUAUUUGUGGACUUUAUGCGAGACGCUCCAGAGCCGACCGGAGAGGAAGGCGAAGAAACAGAUAUGGAAUUGCCGAAGGUUUACGAGCCAGUGUUAGAUUUUAGUAUUCUGCGAGAACGUCUGAAAAUGUUUCUGCUACAGUUCAAUGAAAUGAUUCGUGGAACUGGGAUGGACUUGGUAUUCUUCCCAGAUGCAAUGCUACACUUGGUGAAAAUAUCGAGAAUCAUCCGUCACCCGAGGGGAAACGUAAUGCUGGUAGGCGUCGGCGGGUCUGGAAAACAGUCGCUUACUAAGCUCGCAUCGUUCAUCGCUGGAUAUAAAACUUUCCAGAUCAGUUUAACACGCUCCUACAACGUAGCAAACUUCCUUGAAGAUUUGAAGCUCCUGUACCGAUCGUGUGGCGUACAGGGCAAGGGAACUACGUUCCUCUUCACCGACAUGGAUGUCAAGGAGGAAAGCUUCCUCGAAUAUCUGAACAAUAUCCUCUCAUCGGGAGUAAUUUCGAACCUAUUCAAUCGAGACGAACAAACCGAGAUUGUGUCUGAACUGACACCGACCAUGAAGCGGGAAAACCAGAAGAAGAACGUGACGCAAGAAACGGUAAUGGAAUACUUCCUGCAGCGUGUAUGUCACCAUCUUCAUGUGGUAUUCUGCUUUUCUCCCGUCGGCGAGACUUUCCGACGCAGAAUUAUGCGGUUCCCGGCGUUGGUAUCAGGUUGCACGGUCGACUGGUUCCAACCUUGGCCGAAAGAUGCGUUGGUAGCCGUCGCCCGACAUUUCCUGUGUGAUUUUUCGAUCGAAUGUAGCCCGGAAGUGAAGGACGAACUGGUGAAUGCGCUCGGAACAAUACAGGACGUAGUAUCGCAGACAUCGCUUGAGUACUACCAACGGUUCCGACGAGCGACUCACGUAACACCCAAGUCAUACCUGAACUUCAUAGCAGGAUAUAAAAACAUCUACACUCAGAAACACAAGGAGUUGUGCGACGGAGCGGAGAAGAUGGAUACUGGUCUGGAAAAGCUGGCCGAAGCUUCCGAGUCAGUUGAAAUUCUGAAGCAGGAGCUCGCAGUCAUGGAAAAAGAUUUGGUAGAGGCUUCCGCCAAAGCUGAACGCGUAUUGGUUGAAGUGACGGAACGAGCCAUGCAGGCCGAAGUGUUUAAGAACCAAGUGCAGGUGGUGAAGGAAAAAGCCGAAGCAUUGGUACAGAACAUUGCCGCAGAGAAAGGAUUCGCCGAGGAAAAACUGGAAGCGGCCAAACCUGCACUGGAGGAAGCAGAAGCAGCUCUGAACACCAUCAAGCCAGCUCAUAUCGCUACAGUCCGAAAGCUUGGCCGUCCGCCCCAUUUGAUUAUGCGCAUCAUGGACUCUGUAUUGAUAAUGUUCCAACGCAAACUGCACCCGGUAAUUGCUGAUACGAGUGCACCAUCUCCGAAACCGUCGUGGCAGGAAUCGUUGAAAAUGAUGGCAAGUACUACCUUCCUGCUACAGUUGCAAAACUAUCCAAAAGAUACGAUCAACGACGAGAUGAUCGAGCACCUGCUGCCGUACUUCCGAAUGGAGGACUACAACAUGGACACAGCCAGAAGGGUGUGUGGCGACGUCGCAGGAUUGUUAUCCUGGACCAAAGCUAUGGCAUUCUUCCAUGGGGUGAACAAGGAAGUACUGCCGCUGAAAUCGAAUUUGAUGCUACAGGAAGCUCGUCUCAAGAUUGCCAUGGACGAUUUGGCGGCGGCUGAAAAUCAGCUGGCUGAACGUGAAGCUGCUCUACAGAAAGUCAAGGACCAAUACGAUGCAGCAGUUUCCGAAAAGCAACGGUUGACGGAUGCUGCCAACAGUUGUCUUCGCAAAAUGACUGCGGCCACAGCACUGAUCAACGGCCUGGGCGGGGAGAAAACCCGCUGGACUCAGCAAAGCAAGGAGUUUAAGAUUCAGCUUGGAAAACUCGUUGGAGAUGUACUACUGGCAACGGGAUUCUUAUCCUACUGUGGCCCAUACAACCAGGAGUUCCGGGGAACUCUAUUCAAAACAUGGAUGAACAUCUUGAAGAUUAGAACCAUACCGUAUACGACAGGUUUAAGUAUCAUCGGAAUGUUGACGGACUCUGCCACUAUUUCCGAGUGGAACCUUCAGGGUCUACCGAACGAUGAAUUAUCCAUUCAAAACGCACUGAUUGUAACGAAAUCCAGCAGCUAUCCGCUGCUAAUUGACCCUCAAAGUCAGGGUAAAAUCUGGAUCAAAUGCAAGGAAGACCAGAACGAGCUGCAAAUUACGUCGCUUAAUCACAAGUACUUUAGGACACAUCUGGAAGAUAGCUUGUCCCUCGGACGUCCACUGUUGAUAGAAGAUGUUGGAAUUGAGCUGGACCCUGUCAUUGAUAAUGUGCUGGAGAAGAACUUCAUCAAAUCUGGAUCCAUGGAAAAAGUGCUCGUCGGUGAUAAAGAGUGUGAUGUGAUGCCAGGUUUCAUGUUGUAUAUCACCACCAAAUUACCAAACCCCCCAUUCAGCCCGGAAAUCAGUUCCAAAACAUCGAUUAUUGAUUUCACUGUAACGAUGCGUGGUUUGGAGGACCAACUACUGGGUCGUGUGAUAUUGAUGGAGAAGGCCGAUUUGGAAUCGGAACGAGUGCAACUGUUCGAAAGCGUGAUGAAAAAUCAACGCAGCAUGAAAGAGCUGGAAGCUAAUCUACUUCUCCGUCUGACGUCCACCGAGGGGUCCCUGGUGGAUGACGAAGCACUGAUCGAGGUUCUCCAGGAAACGAAAACAACCGCCGAAGACGUCAACCAGAAGUUGAAGAUCGCCGAAGUAACAGAAAAGAAGAUUAUGAUUGCUCGAGAGGAAUUCCGUGCGGUGGCAGCACGGGGAUCUAUUUUGUAUUUCCUGAUCGUUGAAAUGUCUAACGUCAAUGUUAUGUACCAGAAUUCGUUGAAGCAAUUUUUGAUUAUCUUUGACAAUUCGAUCACCAAAUCUACCAAGAGUAAUAUCACCGAAGAACGGAUCAACAUAAUCCUGAAGUACCUAACCUACGAGGUGUGGGCUUUUACAAGUCGUAGCUUGUACGAGCGUCACAAGCAGCUGUUUACCCUGAUGUUAGCUGUGAAAAUCGACUAUCAGAAGGGUAACAUCAGUCAUGAUGAAUUUAUGGCAUUCGUGAAGGGAGGCGCAUCGCUAGAUUUGAACGGCGUCGUUCCGAAACCAUUCAAAUGGAUUCUCGACAUUACCUGGUUGAACUUGGUUGAGAUUAGCAAGCUGAAAACCUUCAAUGGCAUUCUCAAGAAGAUCGAAUACAACGAAAGAGAAUGGAGAAUGUGGUAUGAAACCGAAAGGCCCGAAAUGGAAGUGAUCCCAUGUGACUACGAAAACGAGUUGGAUGUGUUUAGGAAAUUACUACUGAUUCGAUCGUGGAGCCCGGAUAGGACAAUAUCGCAAGCAAGACGAUACAUCGAAGGGUCACUUGGCAAGGAAUAUGGAGAGAUGCACAUAUUGGAUUUGGAUAUAACAUGGUCGGAAUCGGAACCACGGACCCCUCUGGUUUGUAUUCUAUCCAUCGGUUCCGAUCCAACCGUCCAGAUAGCGGCUCUUGCAAAAUCGAAAGGAAUUCUCCUGAAAACGGUGUCCAUGGGACAGGGCCAGGAAUACCACGCGCGGAAAAUGAUGACCGAUUGCAUGGCUACUGGAGGAUGGCUACUGCUGCAGAAUGUCCAUCUCUCGCUUACAUUCUGCAAUGAAAUCAUUGACAUUCUGAUUGAAACCGAGCAUGUUGCGGAAUCAUUCCGCCUUUGGAUAACCACUGAAACGCACCCGCACUUCCCGAUUGGAUUGCUUCAAAUGGCGAUCAAGUUCACCAAUGAACCGCCUCAAGGCAUACGGGCUAGCUUAAAGCGUAGCUAUCUUACUUUCACUCAAGAUUACCUAGAUUACACUUCCGCAUCGCAGUGGCCACCGUUGCUGUACACCGUAGCAUUCUUGCACUGCGUCGUCCAAGAGCGACGCAAGUUUGGACCCUUGGGAUGGAAUAUACCCUACGAAUUCAACGCUGCGGAUUUCUCCGCUAGCGUACAAUUCAUCCAGAACCACCUAGACGAGAUGGACCCGAAGAAGGGCGUUUCGUGGCAAACCCUUUGCUACAUGCUUGGCGAGGUCAUGUACGGCGGUAGAGUUACGGACGACUUUGACAAACGCUUGCUCACCACAUUCACCCAGGUUUGGUUUUCCGAGCAUCUGCUGACGCCUAGUUUCGAGUUCUAUAAGGGCUACCGGGUCCCAAACUCGAGAAACAUUCAAACCUAUAUCGAUUACAUCAACCAGCUGCCACCGACGGACACUCCGGAGGUGUUUGGCUUACAUCCGAAUGCGGACAUCACGUAUCAGAUCAACACGGCGAAAGGAAUUUUGGACACCAUCCUAAGCGUACAGCCGAAGGAGGGCGGUGGCGGUGCCGGCGAGACUAGGGAGUCGAUCGUUUGGCAGCUGGCCAACGAUAUGCUGCGCAAGUUGCCCCCGCAGUAUAUCUCGUUCGAGGUGAAGGACUCGUUGUCCAGGAUGGGAGCUCUGCUGCCGAUGAAUAUUUUCCUCAGACAGGAAAUCGACCGAGUACAGCGGGUAAUCCAUACUGUUUACACAAACCUGUGCGACCUGAAGCUGGCCAUCGAUGGAACGAUCGUAAUGAGCAAUUACCUGCGGCAAUCGCUGGACGCCAUGUACGACGCUCGGAUACCGGAAAAGUGGCAGAAGAUAUCGUGGGAAUCUACGACGCUUGGAUUCUGGUACACUGAACUGCUGGAAAGGAAUCAACAAUUCCGUGCAUGGAUUAGCAGUGAUCGCCCAAAGGUAUUCUGGAUGACGGGAUUCUUCAAUCCGCAAGGAUUUUUGACAGCUAUGCGACAGGAAGUAACACGCGCCCACAAAGGUUGGGCACUGGAUUCGGUGGUUUUGCAGAACCAGAUAACCCGUUACAACAAGGAAGAUAUUCACGAUGGCCCUCAGGAAGGCGUCUACGUUCACGGCCUAUUUCUGGAAGGAGCAUCCCUGGAGCGUCGAACGGGUAAGCUAAUUGAAUCCAAGGCCAAAAUCCUGUACGAGCAGAUGCCGGUAAUCUACAUCUAUGCUAUCAAUACGACCGCUGGCAAGGAUCCCAGACUGUACGAGUGCCCGAUUUACCGCAAGCCCCAGCGAACCGACCAGAAGUACGUCGGUUCGAUUGAUUUCGAAACCGAUUUCAACCCGCGCCACUGGACCUUGCGUGGCGUUGCACUGCUGUGCGAUAUCAAAUAAUCUAGAUCAUGUUCUGCAUUCUAUAAUUACAUCAAUUUUUGCACUUGUUGGUCGUUUCUUGUCCAUAGCACUUUGUGGCUUUAAUAGCGAAAAAUCCAUAAUAUUACUUUAAUUACAACAGAGCAUGGAAAGAGAGCAC